CCUACCGCCUGUCAGACAACGCUCAGGGCACCACUCACACAUACACACGGUCCACGCUUGUAGCUAUGGAAACUCGUCGAUGGCAACAUCCACCAGUCAGUUCGGAGCCCAUCCUCAUACCUCUCAGAGGUGCUGAGUGUGUGCAGCUGUACGGCGGUCCCUGAAUGAAACGCUGCAAGAUGGCGAUGGCGAGACUCGUCGCCUGCAUUGUUCUGUACACCAGCCUAGGCCACAUUCCAUCAUCGCUUGGGGUAAUCCUUCGAACCACAGACAAGAUUGUUUGGGCAAAUGAGUUUGAGCCCAUUGAACUGACCUGUUUAAUAGAGUCUAUCUCAACAAACAACCCCAGGAUAGAGUGGAAGAAGAUCAAAAAUGGCGUUCCCAGUUACGUGUACUUCCAGAACAAGAUCUCAGGGGACCUGGAGAACAGAGCCCAGCUCAGAGAGCCAGCCAACAUUCUGAUCUUCAACACCUCUCGGGCCGACACCGCCGAGUACCGCUGCGAAGUGGCCGCCAUCGAAGAUCAGAGGGACUUUGAUGAGAUUCUUAUUAGUCUCGCAGUUCGAGUGAAACCCGUUGUGCCGCGGUGCAGCGUGCCGGAGUCCGUCACCGUGGGAACGUCAACGGAGCUGCGAUGUUUGGAGAACGAGGGCUUCCCGGCCUCUCAGUACCGCUGGUUCCACAACAACGAGGAGCUUCCUCAAGAUCCAAAAACCAGCCAGAGAUUCGUCAACUUCUCCUACAUUAUCAACCCGGACACUGGAAGCUUGAAAUUCCGACGUGUGAGGAAAGAGGACGCAGGCGAGUACUACUGCCAGGCGAAGAACGACGCUGGAAACGCUCAGUGUUCUCCGAAAGUAAUGGAUGUCUGUGACAUUGACGUCCUUGGAAUUUUCCUCCAGUCUUGUGGCGGACUGAUGGCAGUUGUCACUUUGAUUUUUGUGAUUUAUUUAAUAAAACGUUUGUGCUGUUACAAAAGUGUUUACAAUGGAAACAAUUACAAUACUCCAGCACAGGCUCCUGCGAUUGACUAUGCUGACGCAGAUGAGGGUCAUUUUCGGCACAAAUCUUCAUUCAUCAUUUGACAACAAUCACAGGGAGAAGCAGAAACAAACACUUUUAAGGUUACCUAGCAACAAUGAUGCGCAAGCUAACGAAGUUUAAGAUGUAACAUGGCACAUUUACUCUCGGAUGCACAUUAACUCAACUGACUUGCCAAAGUAUUCAUUCGAUUUGUGGCACCAAAUAUUUUUACACCUCA